AUGGCGCGCGCGGCAGACCCCACACAAAUGAUCAUCCUCCCCAUCAAGGAGGAUUUCCAGAUCAACACACCUUCCACUCCAGCCGGUGAGGUCUGGUCGCAGAUACUAAAUAUACUAGAAAAUUGGGCUGGAUUCCGCCGACUUUACUGGGGACGACACGUGGAAGAGCCUGGAAAGGUCCAUCUGCAUAUCGUCCGCGAUUCCCUCCACCAGCAUUACGCCCUCCUGGCUUCACCAGAAUGGCAGCAAAUCAUCCAAAGUCUGACCGCGCUCGGCGUCUCGGAUGCCACGUCGCUGAUCGUGCGGCAUGCGAUGAUGUCCGAGUUCACUCCUCAGCCCAAGAAUCUGGGGAACGGUGCGCCCGUCACGGGGACGGCCAUCUAUCUCACCCCUGACCCGGCCGGGUGGGAAGCGACGUGGGCGCUAUGGACGACGAUCGUGCGGGAGGUACCUGGAUGUCUCGGGGUCACUGGCGGAUGGAUGGUGGAGCCGAUGGAGGAGCAGUUGUGUUAUGUGGUGUAUGUGGGAUGGGCGAGCGUGGAGGUGCAUGACGCGUAUCACCACACGAACCACUUCCGGCAGCGGAUGGUGAUUCUGCGCGAGCACAACCAAGGGUAUCGCGAGUAUGGGCACGUUGCAUUUACACACUCGCGCACUCGGCGCCCGGCCAAUUUGUAG